AUUCCGCAAGGACAGGGAGGGAUCCAGAAAAAGGAAGUGGGUGCUGUUGUUGUUCCAGUGAUUAAAUGACCACUGUCUUGAAAGAGCGUGGGUGAGGGGCUGGUGAGUGCAGGGAGUUUCCGAGGGCUGAGUGAAGAGGUGUCUCUGAUGUCCGUGAAGAACAAUCGGUGUAAACAGGAAGCUGGCUGUAAAUGUCUAACCUGGAGCCCAUCGAUUUCUUGCCUCAAGAAAUAUAAACAGAGGAUGGUUGUAAACGCCUAGCCUGGAACCCAUCUAUCUUCUGCCUCAAUUGCGGCCUGUGGGAAGCAGGACAAGGGAACCAGUGAUUCUGAUGUAUCUCUGCCCCUUUCCCAGAAGAACCAGAAAUGACCAAGUCCCUGAGAAGGAAACAUCCACAGAGAAGUAACUUGCCCUGGGUCACACUGCUAGUAAGUGGUGAAGCCAGAAGUAAAACCCAAGCAAUUUGGCUCCAGAAUAUAGGGAUCAGUGUCUUUCAAGGAUGUAACUGUAGACUUCAGCAGGGAGGAGUGGCAACAGUUGGACCUUGCUCAGAAAAGUCUAUACAGGGAUGUAAUGCUGGAAAACUAUUUCAACUUGAUCUCAGUGGGGUGUCAAGUUCCCAAGCCAGAAGUCAUUUUCAACUUGGAGCGGGGAGAAGAGCCAUGUAUGUUGGAUGGUGAAAUCUCAAGCCAGAGCUAUCUAGAUCAGGGUAUUGGUUUUGAAACGUCACAACAGGGAAUGUCUGAAGAAGUUUCAAUCCAGUUUGAGAGAAUUAAUCUCUUCACAAGAGAUGACCUGUAUUCCAUUUUAGAAGAAUUGUGGCAAGAUGAUGAACAGACAGGGAGAUGUGAGGAAAACCAGAACAAAUAUUUAAGUCAUGUUCCCUUCAUCAACAAGGAUACACUAGCUAAUGAGGGAGACUGUGAAUAUAAUAAAGACAUUAGGAAACUAUUUCCUGUAAACACAUACCUUGUUCCUUCAAGAAAAAGACUCCAUAACUAUGACUCAUUUCAAAAGAAUUUGAAGCCUAUUGUAAGCCUAUGUAAUUAUAAUAGAAACAAUGCAACAGAAAAUUUUGAUAAGAUUAUUGGAUAUGGUAAUAUCUUUACUCAUAUGAAUUCUCAUACAGAAAUGAAUGCUUGUGAAUAUAAUCAAUGUAAGAAACUUCUGAGUCAUAAGCAAACUCUCAUUCAACAUCAAAAAUUUCAUGGGGAGAACCUCUAUUUAUUUUCUGAUUGUGUAAAACUUUCCACCCAUAAGUCACACCUUUUUGCACAUCAAAGGAUUUGUACUGAAGAGAAACAUCAUGAGUGCAGCAAAUGUGAAACAGUCUUCACUCGGAAGUCCCAAUUUGCUGUACCUCAGGUUUAUACAAGAGAGAAACCCUAUAUAUGCACUGAAUAUGGGAAGGACUUUUCCCUCAACUCAAACCAUGAGAAAACUCCUCACACUGAGGAGACUGCUUGUAAAUGCAGUCCACAUGGAAAAGCCUUUAUCCUGAAGUCAGAUCUGUUCAGACACCAGAGAAUUCAUACUGGAGGGAGAAAACCCUAUAAUUGUAAUGAAUGUGGGGAAAAUGUCUCCCAGAAUUCAAACCUCAGUAUACAUAAAAAAGUUCAUACUGGCGAGAAACACUUUGAAUGUACUGAAUGUGGAAAAGCUUUCACAAGGAAAUCAACACUAAGUAUGCAUCAGAAAAUUCAUACAGGAGAAAAACCCUAUGUAUGUACUGAAUGUGGGAAAGCCUUUAUCCGGAAGUCACAUUUUAUUACACAUGAGAGAAUUCAUACUGGAGAGAAACCUUAUGAAUGCAGUGACUGUGGGAAUUCCUUUAUAAAGAAGUCACAGCUCCAUGUGCAUCAGCGAAUUCACACAGGGGAGAAUCCCUUUAUAUGUUCAGAAUGUGGGAAGGUAUUCACCCACAAGACAAAUCUCAUUAUACACCAGAAAAUUCAUACUGGUGAGAGACCCUAUAUAUGUACUGAAUGUGGGAAGGCCUUUACUGACAGGUCAAAUCUCAUUAAACACCAAAAAAUUCAUACUGGAGAGAAACCCUAUAAAUGCAGUGACUGUGGAAAAUCAUUCACCUGGAAGUCACGGCUCAGGAUACAUCAGAAAUGUCAUACUGGAGAGAGACAUUAUGAAUGCAGUGAAUGUGGGAAAGCAUUUAUUCAGAAGUCAACACUGAGUAUGCACCAGAGAAUUCAUAAAGGAGAAAAGCCCUAUGUUUGCACUGAAUGUGGGAAGGCCUUCUUCCAUAAGUCACAUUUUAUUACACAUGAGAGAAUUCAUACUGGAGAGAAACCUUACGAAUGCAGUGAUUGUGGGAAAUCCUUCACGAAGAAAUCACAGCUUCAUGUACAUCAGCAAAUUCACACAGGAGAGAAACCCUACAGAUGUGCUGAAUGUGGAAAGGCUUUUACUGACAGAUCAAAUCUCUUUACACACCAGAAAAUUCAUACUGGUGAGAAACCCUAUAAAUGUAAUGACUGUGGAAAAGCUUUCACUCGGAAGUCAGGCCUCCAUAUACAUCAGCAGUCUCAUACUGGAGAAAAGCAUUAUGAGUGCAGUGAAUGUGGGAAAGCCUUUGCAAGAAAAUCAACACUAAUUAUGCAUCAGAGAAUUCAUACAGGAGAGAAACCUUAUAUUUGUACUGAAUGUGGGAAGUCCUUCAUCCAGAAGUCACAUUUAAAUCGACAUCGGAGAAUUCAUACUGGAGAGAAGCCCUAUGAAUGCAGUGACUGUGGGAAGGCCUUUAUUAAGAAGACACAACUCCUUGAACACCAUCGAAUUCACACAGGAGAGAAACCAUAUAUGUGUGCUGAAUGUGGAAAGGCUUUCACCAUCAGAUCAAAUCUUAUUAAACACCAGAAAAUUCAUACUAAGCAGAAACCCUAUAAAUGUAGUGACUUUAGGAAAGCCUUCAACUGGAAAGUACAACUCAGUAUACAUCAGAAAUCUGAUACUGGGGACGUAGAAUGCUCAGUGCCACAAUCAUGGUGUGGGGAUAAAAGUUUUGAGUAGCUAUAGCUUGGCUAAGAAGAGGUAACCAAAGUCACUUUAUCUAGUCAGAAGAAUGAAUAUCUGGAUCUCAUAGCUGAUGUCCAGUUUUAUACAUAUGGGGAGACACUCUGGAGAAAGUGUUUAAGCAGUGUUUAAUGGCCAUGCUUGGUUAAUUGGGAUUGUCAAGCCCCUGCAAAUAAUAGUACAUUUGGAAGGAGAUAACUUGGCAAUCUUUCUUGUUUCACAUUUUGGAUAAGCAGCUUUAUAAAUCAGGGCUGUUGAGUUUUUCAUGCCCUGCAUAGCAAAAAUAUUCAAUGUUGACCAAAGGAAUUUCUUAAUGAACAGUGUUCUAAGAAAAUUUUUCAUUGUCCAAGCACUCUAAGGACACUGAAAUCAAGGCAACAGUAUAGACAGUUCAGGUCUAUAAUGAAGAAAAGCUAGACGUUUUUGUGAAAAGUGACAUUAAAGGCACAAAGAAGGACUCUACUUUUUUUUUUCUUUGGGAAGUCAGUAUUAUUUAUUGUUUAUAAUGUUUACUAGUGUAUGGAAAUUUGGAUUCAUAAAUUUAAAAUUUACAAUUUGACUUUGAGAUUGGCAAAUCAGAACCACAGACUUACCUGAAUAUUCACAGGUAUAUCUUUAGGUAACCAAUGUGUUCCCUCGUUUACUAAUUCCCUGCCAUGGCAGCAGGUAACUCAUGCCCAAGAGGUAUAAAGUGCUCCCAGCCUAUAUCCCAAAAGUGAUCAAUGAUGUAAGCAGCACCCCAUAGACUACCUGUCACACUAGAAGUGGCCCUGAGAUCGUGGAAUUUAGCUGCAGGUUACAGAUUUAGCACUCUGGAUUCUCAGCAUCUUCCACAGAAACCCCUACUUUUUACUGAUUUCUGUUUGAAAAAGAGACAAAUUAAGAAAAUGAGUUUUAAAACCUAGAAUUCUUUCCUUGCAAUUUCGUUAAUGCAUUCUCUACAUAUUUAUUAUUACAUACUAGGUUAUAUGAGGCAGUUGUCUUGCAUUUGAGCUUGUAUUCUUAGAAGAUAGCUGCACAUUUGGAAGAGUACUCCUAUUUCCUUUCAGUCUCUACAAAUUAAUCAAUUGUUUUCAAAUCCUCUAUAUUCUUAAACUUUUUUGUGUUUUCAA